AUGGAAUCCUGUGCUAUUUAUCAGAAUCCGUCUGGAUUUGGGUUUUUGAUAGGCUCUCUACUGGCAUUGGGAAUUUACGUGUCCUACAUCCCCCAGCACCUCAAGAUCGUCAACCGAAGAACCAGCGAGGGUCUCUCGCCCUUGUUCCUGCUGCUGGGGUCGACGUCGGGCUUUUCUUCUCUUGUUAACCUGCUGCUGGUCAGCUCUCCAGCACGCAAAUGCUGUCUGACCGAUCUCAACAAAUUCCAGUGCAUCUACUCCCAACUUGGCCUUAUCCAGGUCGCUGCCCAAGCCAUUGGCUACUCGCUCAUCCUGAUUCUCUGCGCGUACCUCACAAGGCCCCCUAUAGACGUUCCCGGCUCGAAUGAGGAGAAAAUCGGCCGAGCGUACCGCUUGUUUCUCAUUUAUGUGGUACUUAACGCUGCCCUCGCAAUAUACUUUCUCUUUUUCAACGCAGACUUCAACAAAACAAUGGCUUUCGCAAAUUUCAGCGGAAUCUUGUCCACAGUCCUCGCAACGGCACAAUAUUUGCCCCAGAUCCGUACCACCUACACGCUGAAACACGCAGGAACGCUUUCCAUGCAUAUGAUGCUGCUGCAGACCCCAGGCGGCCCGGCUCAACGUGGAGCAGUUGGCUGCCCUACUUUAUGGCCGCCAACUUGCAACUCGUGCUCCUGA